UUAUACAACCUUUGUUCAGAGAAAAACCCCUAAUCCAAGUUCCAAAGAAGUUAGGAUUAGAAAAUCCCAAUCCCAAUCCGAUUAGAAAUAUUUCCACGGAAUACCGAAUAUGUGAAGAAAAAAUUCUCAAUUCAAAGUUAAUGGAUUUCUUGAUUGUAUAAGAAGACAGGUAAUUCUUGCUGCUUGAAACUCCAAAACAUUCGUUUAUAUAUAGACCAAACCAACAAGCGCCGCUCAUGAACCAAAAAAAUAAAUCUAUCUAGCAAAAAUGCCAACCCAAUUUUUUUUUUAAAAACCCAUUAACACUUUUAACCCUAGAAACCGAUUCAGAUUAAAAAAAAAAGUGAGAGAGAGAAAGUCGAGAGAGUCAGAGACCGAGAGAGAGUGAUUGGAGUGGAGAGAUUGAGAGAGAAUACUGAGUACUGACUGGAGUCAGCGGUCAGCCACGGCGCCGCACAGACCGUCAGCAUCACGCCGCCUAGCCUCAGCCGCCACAGACCCACGUCGCUGACACUGCCCUUAGCGCCUCCGGAUAUUGGUAUCGAUUCUCACCACCACAUUGGAAAUAUUAAUUUUUGUUGGCUGAUUCAAUCUCAAAGUUCUCAAUCCACAUUAAUUUCUCUCAAUGGAUCUCCUCCAAAUCUACAAAGACCGAAAUGAUGAUGAAAUAGACAAAGUAGAGGACCAAUUCCAAGACCCUAAUUCCACUGCAUCAUCCCCUGAGGCCUCCCCACCGCGCCUUCUUCCCGCCAAGUUUGCAGCACCAAAGGUCGAUGAAACCAUGUUGGCCCCCAUGGUGGCUCAAGCCUACCAAGCACAGUUGAGGCCAAUAGACCCACUCCAGCAUGUUGUUGCCUUUAACCCCACCUAUGAACAGCUCUGGGCCCCCAUUGUUGGCCCAGCCCACCCAUACACCAAGGACGGCAUUGCCCAGGGCAUGCGCAACCACAAGCUCGGCUUUGUCGAGGAUGCCUCCAUUGAACCUUUCAUCUUCGACGAGCAGUACUAUACUUUCCACAAGUAUGGCUAUGCCUAUGCCCCUGACCCCUCAGCCUCCGCUGGCAACAAUUACGUCGGUGAUCUUGAUGCCUUGCAAAAGAAUGAUGCCAUCUCUGUCUACAACAUCCCACAGCAUGAGCAGAAGAAGAGGAAGAUUGAAAAGAAGGAAAUAGAGGAGGAAGGUAAUGGCCACAAAGAAAACCUCAAUACGGUUGAGCUUCAGAAUCCAGCCAGUGACACUUGGUUGAUGAAGAAUAGGAAGAGUCCGUGGGCAGGCAAGAAGGAAGGGUUACAAACAGAAUUGACGGAAGAGCAGAAGAAGUAUGCAGAGGAGUAUGCUAAGAAGAAGGGUGAGGAGAGAGAGAGAGGUGGUGAAAAGGGAGAGAUUCUUCCAGAUAAGAGUACAUUCCAUGGUAAGGAAGAGAGAGAUUAUCAAGGAAGGUCUUGGAUUGCGCCUCCCAAGGAUGCCAAGGCCAACAACAAUCAUUGUUAUGUACCAAAGAGAUUGGUGCACACUUGGAGUGGCCACAUGAAGGGCGUGUCUGCUAUAAGGUUCUUCCCGAAACAGGGGCAUUUGAUAUUGUCAGCAGGGAUGGAUACAAAGGUGAAAAUUUGGGAUGUGUUCAAUUCGGGCAAAUGCAUGAGGACCUACAUGGGUCACUCCAAGGCAGUUAGGGAUAUUUGGUUUUGCAAUGACGGGACAAAGUUUUUAACUGCUGGGUAUGAUAAGAAUAUCAAGUACUGGGACACAGAGACAGGGCAAGUGAUAUCAACUUUUAGUACCGGAAAGAUUCCAUAUGUGGUCAGGCUUAAUCCAGACGAUGAUAAGCAGAACAUUUUGUUGGCGGGGAUGAGUGAUAAGAAGAUUGUUCAGUGGUAUAUGAAUACUGGACAGGUUACGCAAGAGUAUGAUCAACAUUUGGGGGCCGUGAAUACCAUUACGUUUGUUGAUAAUAACAGGAGGUUUGUGACUUCGAGCGAUGACAAGUCGCUUCGAGUAUGGGAAUUUGGGAUUCCUGUGGUUAUAAAGUAUAUUAGUGAGCCUGAUAUGCAUUCUAUGCCAUCCAUUUCACUUCAUCCCAGUACAAAUUAUCUUGCCGCACAGAGUUUGGACAAUCGGAUUCUUACGUAUAGCACGAGGGACAGGUUUCAGCUCAAUAAGGAGAAGAGAUUUUCCGGGCACAUUGUGGCAGGGUAUGCUUGCCAAGUCAAUUUCUCGCCAGAUGGCCGGUUUAUUAUGUCAGGAGAUGGUGAGGGUAAAUGCUGGUUUUGGGAUUGGGAGACACGCAAUGUUUCCAGAAAACUCAAGUGUCAUGAGGGAGUGUGCAUUGGGUGUGAGUGGCACCCAUUGGAACAAAGCAAGGUAGCAACUUGUGGCUGGGAUGGAUUGAUUAAGUACUGGGACUAGUUGCUUCUCUGCUCUAUGUUGCAAGGUGCGGAUAUCAUGUGAUGAACCUGUCUUUGGCCCACGGACUCCCACACAUUUAUUCUUCAGCGCCGCAGAAUCCCUAUCAACCUCCUUCUAGUCCCUGCUUCCCUUGUGGUACUUGUAGUUGUAGGUAUCACCCCGCUUUGGAAAAUAACCGACUUUGGUUAGGCACAUUGCAAAUUGAUUUUUUCCAAGGGUUGAUUUUGACCAUCUCUCGUGGGAAGUCUUGGUCAGCUGGCCUGUUGCAAGGUUAAAUAGAUUUAGGGUCCGUUUGGAUUGAGCUUAUUGUUGCUGAA